CGGCUCCCGCUGCGCUCAGCAUGCUCCCGGGGCAGGGCCCGGUGCUGCAGUCGGUGCUGGGGACCCUCCUCACCUGGGGGCUGACAGCGGCUGGCUCGGCGCUCGUCUUCGUCUUCUCCAGCGGGCAGAGGCGGAUCCUAGAUGGGAGCCUGGGCUUUGCUGCGGGGGUCAUGCUGGCCGCUUCCUACUGGUCCCUGCUGGCCCCGGCUAUCGAGAUGGCUGAGGAGUCCGGCACCUUUGGGGCUUUUGCCUUCCUCCCCGUGGCCGUGGGCUUUGUUCUGGGAGCAGCUUUUGUGUACGGGGCCGACCUGCUCAUCCCGGUGCUGGGUUUCAGCGGACCCCCCCACGCGGCAUUUGCCUUGAGCUACGACCCGCGAGCGGCGAAAGAGAAACACGAGCAGGAGCCUGCCUCUCGCCUGGACUACGAGAGCGAGUUGUCCAUCCGGAUAGACAAAGGUGAAAACGGGGAGCCGUACCAGAGGAGGAAGGGCGCAGGGACCAGCCCACCCGACGGCCCCCCGCCGUUCCCCGUGCCCAAGGACAGCUCCCCGAUGGGCAGCAGCAGCAGCUGGAGGCGAAUUCUGCUGAUGAUCCUCGCUAUAACCAUCCACAACAUCCCAGAGGGCCUGGCCGUGGGAGUCGGAUUCGGGGCUGUUGGAAAAUCAGCGUCUGCCACCUUCCAGAGCGCCAGGAACCUGGCGAUCGGGAUCGGCAUCCAGAACUUCCCCGAAGGCCUCGCCGUCAGCCUGCCUUUACGUGGCGCGGGAUUUUCCACCUGGAAGGCGUUCUGGUACGGGCAGCUGAGCGGCAUGGUGGAGCCCUUGGCUGGCGUCUUCGGUGCCUUCGCCGUGGUGGUGGCAGAGCCUCUCCUCCCCUACGCCCUGGGCUUCGCGGCCGGAGCAAUGGUCUACGUGGUGAUGGACGAUAUCAUCCCCGAGGCGCAGACCAGUGGCAACGGGAAGCUGGCUUCCUGGACCUCCGUGCUCGGCUUCGUGGUGAUGAUGUCCCUGGAUGUCGGCCUGGGGUAGGGCAGCUCGCUGCUCCCCGCGGGAAGGCUUCUCACCAGCGGCCGUGGUGGCACAUUGGGGACCGGGCACGCCUUAGCCUCUUCGAUUUUUAUUUUAUUUUUUAUUUUUUUCUACAUGACUAUUUUUUUUUGGAUCUGGUUUGGUGUUAAUUCCCUCUGAUUUGGUCUGUCUGCUCCCCCCAACGUCACGUCGAUGGUUUUCAAAGCACAAACGCGGGGGGUUCGGUGCGGGUCCUGCUUUCCUUUCGCCACCAGAUUUUCUGUUUCCCCCUAGAGGGCUGAGACACAUCGGCCAGGGCACAGGUCCUGCUUGACUUUUCCUUCAGCUCUGGGGUGUUUUCUCUGAAUCAGGUGGGUUUUGAUCAUCCUUGGUCUGCAGAAGGGCAGGAAUUCACCGUCGCAUGCUCUAGGGUUGCGUCCCAAGGCAUUUAAUGAGGUAAACUCCUCAAUUUCCACCCCUGGUUCUGGAAGGCAGGGGGAAGAAUUAGGGUUAGGACAACACGUGCAGCACCCUGUGGGGCAGCAGGUCUGACACAUCCCGCUGGGCCUGGGCAAUGGUUUAGGGCUUUCGUUGUUCUGACGGAUACAAGUAGUCCAAGCAAAUAAAAAUGAAUUUUCUUGGUAUCUCUGCGAGAGGAAAAUACUGAUUUUUCCUGAACUUAUUUCAUAAGCAGGGCUUUGUUCCAGUGCAUGGUGGCUUGUCCGAUACCCAGAGGGUUUUCUGGGGAAAAAAAAAAAUAAGGAGAGGAGAAUCUUUGUGUUUUCUAGCAGGCACUCGGUGACAAGGCAAGGUGUGGUUCCCCGCGGUGUGCUCCGUGCCUGUCGUGCAGCAGGACGCAUUUCCACGUGGGCCCACGGCCGUGGGGCAUUACUGAAUUUGCUUUUUUUCUGGCUGCUCUUUCAAAUCCUUGACAGCUCCCCGACAAUCUCCUGCAGCCCCCAGAGGUGGCCCUGGGGGCUCCUCAGCCCCCUCUGCCCAGCCCGGUGCUGAGUUAACCUCCCCGAGGACCCCAGGGUGCCAGAAACUCUCAUCCUCCCGAGCAGCAUCGGGAUGCGAUAGCUCAUCAGUGGGAGCUAAUUCCCCUAAUUAAACACUCAUUAAUGUGGCUGCCUCUUUGCCGUCUUCCUUUGGAGCAUCUCCUGUCCCCUCCCCGUGCCGUGCCACGGCUGAACCUGCUUCGUGCUCAAGUAGAGAGCGAAAUGCAGGAGUGGGUGCAAGGCACGCCUCGCCCUCCACCAAGGCUGCUUCAUUUUUCAGGAAAUUUUCAGGAAAAAGGGGUUAAUGAGAUUUUUCAGCAGCAUAACUGGAUCUCUUGGCUGCUGCUUGCAUCUCAGCCCCUCUGCGGCCGUAUCUGUGGGCACAGGGUGGUGCCAGCCAGCGCGGGUCCUGCUGGAGAGGCUGCACCAGGGCAGCCGGGGGAAGAGGCUGGAGUAAACCCGGUCAGAGCCAUGCAUUUCUGUUCAGUUCGUCGUUUCGGUUGGGUUUCAUUUGUACUUCGUUCGUAUGUCACUCUGGAUGAUACAAAACUACUGUUUGCCAAUGGAUUUGACCUUUUUACUGUGAUUGGUUUCAAUAAAUGGGAAAUUCUGAGUUUG